AUGGAUGACGGGCCGCCAUGUAAACGGUGUACUGAGCGGAACUUAUCCUGUGUGCUUAAUAAGAGUCUGCAGACUUUGAUUGAGGAACGUUCACAGUGGAAGAAUACCGUCAUCAGCGACCUCGGUCAUAUCCAUUCCGCCUUAGAGCAGGUGCUGGGAAGACUGUCUCUCCCCACACUUCCUCCACUGCAAACGAACGCUUCGCAGCAUAUUGAGGCCUCGCCUCAUGAAGAUGUCUUCGAGCGAGAAGAACCAGGACCGUCGUGCGACAAUUCGCCUCGCGUCUCUCCCAGGGACGACGCCGUACCUCAUGUGCCCAUCGAGUCGCUCUAUCAAAUUACGAGACUAAGAGCCCUCCGUUCCGACGAUGCGGGGGAUGAAUCACAACUAUCCCCCACUGCUGCUCCAACCCACCCGGUGAACGACUUCAUCUCACAUGGCCUUGUCAGCUUCGAAGAUGCCGAACGUCUCGUCAAUCUGUAUCUGAAUAGGAUAGACCAUUUUAUGUAUAUGAUUGGGGGCGGCAAGUAUCGAGAUCUCGAGAGUCUGCGCCGUGGCUCGCCAAUCCUGACUGCCUGCAUAUGUGCGGUUGCGGCUCUCCACGAUCCAAUGAGCAACCACCUCUACGGGGUCUGCAAGCGCGAGUUUCAGCGGCUUAUGGCAGCCUCUAUGUUCGAUCGGCGCGUUGAUCGCGAUCACAUGCGCGCGAUUUGCAUUGGAAGCUACUGGCUUCACGACCUCUCGUGGACACUCUCCGGCUAUGCGAUUCGGCGAGCCACCGAAGUCAAUCUGAGCAGCAGCUACCACCGUGUACUGGCGAACAACAGCGAAGAAGCCAUGGAAUGUAUGCGGAUAUGGUAUGUUCUGUAUAUCUGCGACCAUCAUCUCUCCAUCCUGUACGGCAGGCCCUCUAUUGUGCGCGAAGACGCGUCAAUAUCCGGCUGGGAAGAGCUCAUGAGGACUUCAGUCUUCACCGAGUCCGAUAAGAGGCUGGUCAGUCAAAUGGCUUUACUGAUUAUCAUGAGCAACGUUCGUGAGCUCUUCGGACCCGACAUCGGCGAGCCAGUACCGAAGGCUUUUGCGUCGCAGUUGACGAAUUUCGGUCGCCAGAUCGACCAGUGGAUGGGCUAUUGGACUACAGAGCUACUCAAGCUGCACCAAUUCAUAGGCGAAUUCCCCACCAAGGGCGUCAUACUACAUCACCACCUUGCAAAGCUUCAUCUCCACUCCCAUGUCUUCCGUGGCCUAAAAGGCGCACCGGUGCCGUCCUACUUCCAAGAGAGCGCAUCAGCAGCCGUCAGUGCUGCGAGAUCCACCAUCGAAAUGCUACUGAACGAUUACGACAUACGCGAAAGCCUCGUGGGAAUACCGCAUUAUCUCCACUCCAUGAUCGCCUUCGCCUGCGUCUUCCUGGUCAAGAUCGCUACUCAGCACAGCGGACAAUAUAUUGAAGACACCAUCGUGUACGACUUGACGACCAAGGCGGUGCAGCAAUUCCGAUCGACCGCCGUCGGAAAGUGGCAUCUCGUGCAUCUUAUGGCUGACGGGCUGGAGAAGAUGGCUUUCUCUAAGAUUAGGAGCCCCUCCGAUACCACCCACCCGCGCAUAGCCAAUGGCGUGAGUCCGUCCGGCCUCCAUUAUGUGCAGUCGGCCAACACUACGCUUCCACUAGCGACAAACGGCAACGAACUAUACGGAGGCGACUUGACGGGCAGCAGCUUUGAGAAUGACUUCAAUCUUGGAACGUCUUCGUUUCUCCACUUCGGGUCAGGAGAUUUUGAUUUCAACUUCACUGGGUUCGGCAUUUGA